CAAAGUUGACAGCUAAGAUAUCGACCUAAAUGUCAACUGUCAUCUAACCAAGCAACAUUUUGGCCGGUAUUUGUUGAUUUUUCGCCAGUCACUGCUAGAAAGAUUUAGAAUGGAUUUCGGUGAAAUUCUUGAGCCAACGUCUCGCGCUUUCUGGGAUGGACUAUCGGAAUUGGAGGAAGAACCAAGACCAGCUCCUACUCUGGAAUGGCAUUGGCUUACUGAAGACGGCAAAGAAUCCUAUCCAAAAGAAAUUGAACUAUUCGUUGUCAUCGAGGGAUCACGCAUUUCUGAAUUUGUAAACACAGCAAUAUUAAAAGAUAAAACUCCAAUCUGUAAACUAGUCGGAGGAUCUGGCGCAGUUUACCUUCUCACAGAUACAAAAGUUGUUUAUAUUUCUGAAGAGAACGAUCUAAAUUUGAGUGGAUUGACAACAGAAUUACUCCAAAAUUGGCUUCAAAUAGCCAAACGUGUGAUAACCAUCUCAAUACAGCCACAAGUACUGUACAAAGGAAUAGAUUGGAGUGAUGUUAAAAGUUUCGUUUUUAUCCGUGGAAUCAAUUCCGAAAUGGAGGAUAUCAAAGAGUUGGAAGCACCAAAUUUUAUCACUGGAGUGAGUGCAGGAGCUGCUUAUUGGAGAUACCAUAAAAAUUUGUCGAUAUCAUCGUAUGUCGCGUAUAUUGACUCGGAGGAUCUUGACGCCGUUUCAACAGAACCAAUUUUGAAAUUACUACAUGGCAUCGAUUUGCCAUGUGACCGGAAGUUUGUGGCAAGAGCUAAGGAACAAUCACAUUUGUAUAUGUAAUUUGUCUGUUUUUGGUCAAAUAUAUUUGUCUGUUCAGGAAUUAAACAA